CAGGGCUGGCCCUGCUUAGCUUCGCGGGGGGCGGGGUUUCCUCCUCCUCCUCCUCCUGGCCCUGGUGAGCAUCUCCAAGGCUGACGUCAGCAGCGGCGGGAGAAUCCGGGGCAGAGCGGCUACUAGCAACGAGCCCGAGGGUCCCAGAGACAGAGACGUCGGCGCGCCUCUCGAAAAGAAACAUGACAGGCAGUGGGUGAAACUUCCAGGACUGGUGUUACAGUGAUGGGAAUCUUUCUAACUGCAAUAUUUGUCCUUCAGGCUAUCUGAGAGCAGAUUUGGGGAAGAUGCUGCUGUCUAGACCUACCUGGAGUGGCCUCUCCACACUUCAGAGAACAUGCUGGUUGCGAGCCAUGGUUCAGAGGACCUUCCCUGUAGCCCCUUUGGCCUGGACCCGCUUUCACUCCCACAACACUUGGAACGAAGCUGGUGGCCCAAGACGCAGGAGACUCGUGGGGGUAGCAGUGGUGGCUGGGGCUGGGCUGGGCAUAGGGACCAUCUUGGCCUAUGGAGAUCUACAUCAAAAGGCUGCCAAGGCUGAGACUCCAGAAUCUGCAUCCGACCCUCAGUUUCCUACCUUUACUCGGCAGGAGGUAGCCCGCCACCACAGUGAGGCCAGUCGGGUGUGGGUGACCUAUGGCAGUGAUGUUUUUGAUAUCACAGAUUUCAUAGAGCAGCAUCCGGGAGGCAAAAGCAAGAUUCUUCUAGCAGCCGGUGGUGCUCUGGAACCCUUUUGGGCCCUCUAUGCCAUGCACAACCAGGAACAUGUAUUGGAGAUCCUUCAGGGGUUCAAAGUAGGGCAGUUGAGCCCAGAAGAGCCGCCCCAGCCCACCCCAGGAGAUCCUUACGCUGAUGAUCCUCCACGUCACCCUGCUCUUCAAACCAACACCUUAAAGCCCUUCAAUGCAGAGCCCCCUCCAGAGCUGAUCAGUGAAAACUACUUGACGCCCAACCAGCUCUUCUUCAAACGCAACCAUCUUCCUGUGCCAAAUGUGGACCCUGCCACCUACCGCUUGCACGUGGGCGGUCCCCGUGGACGGACCCUGUCUCUGUCCCUUCAGGACUUGAAGAAGUUCCCAAAGCAUGAAGUGACUGCCGCCUUGCAGUGUGCUGGCAAUCGUCGGGCAGAGAUGAACUCUCUCAAGAACACCAACCGGCUAGGCUGGAACAUUGGGGCAAUCAGCAAUGCCCGCUGGGGGGGUGCCCGGCUUCGGGAUGUUCUGAUGCAGGCUGGCUAUAAGCAAGAUGACGAAGGGCAUGUCUGCUUUGAGGGCCUGGACAAGGAUCAGAGUGGCACUGUUUAUGGGGCUUCCAUCCCAUUUAAGAAAGCCAUGUGUCUGGAAGGAGAUGUCCUGUUAGCUUAUGAGAUGAAUGGAGAGGAGUUGCCCCGGGAUCAUGGGUUCCCUCUCAGGGUUCUUGUGCCAGGCAUCGUUGGUGCCCGUAAUGUCAAAUGGCUGGCCAGGAUCACUGUGAGUCCAGAAGAGAGCCCAAGUCAUUGGCAGCAGAAGGAUUAUAAAGGAUUCUCUCCAGGCGUGACGUGGGACACAGUGGAUUUUUCCAAAGCUCCUGCCAUCCAAGACAUGCCUGUCCAGUCAGCCAUCACUGAGCCAAGCCCACAGACCACCAUCAGUCCUGGGGAGCUCACAGUGAAAGGUUAUGCCUGGAGUGGAGGUGGACGAAGGAUUAUCCGUGUGGAUGUUUCUCUGGAUGGUGGAAAGAGCUGGCGUGAGGCUGAGCUUACUGGGGAGAGGCAGUUGCCUGGCCGAGCUUGGGCAUGGCAACUCUGGCAGCUGAAUGUUUCUGUGCCUGCUGGCACCAGAGAGCUGAACGUUGUCUGCAAGGCUGUGGACACCAGCUACAAUGAGCAGCCUGACACAGUGGGGCCUAUUUGGAACAUUUUGGGAGUGCUCAACAAUGCUUGGCAUCGAGUGCAUCUCCUUGUGGCUGAAGACUAAGCAUUUUGCUUGUGCCUCGUCACUUGGGACAAAUGAAGCGUCAUGGAUUGUUGGAUACUGCGUGCCUUCCUUUUUCUUUGGGAAUCUCUCCCUGUAAGGAGGCUCAGAAGAGCGGAGAUCUUCCAUGGGGUCCUUUGACCUCUCUGUGUUCUUCCUUGUUUAUUAUUGGUGUCGCUUCUGAGAGCAGUGGUGGCCUUAGACGAAGAAAUAGCUUUCCCUAUAGACAGGAAACCUUCCUUUCUUGGGAAUAUGGUAAAUCAAAACAAAACAAAAACCUCUAUAGGCAAGGGGGUUGGCAACUUGUUGAAUGUACCUGUACUGGCAAGGGGAUACAGGCUGCCCACCCCUACAGUAACCAGAUAUACCCACUUCUGAUUGGUUGCUUUUCCCUUUUAAGGCAUUAUGACUUUGUCUGCAUUCUGUUUUGGGCUAUACAACAAAGGCAAUCAAAAACAAGCUUCCGUGGCAGUGAAGUGGUGAAUAGGUUCUGGUUUUUAUCCACACUUUAAAAGAGAUAUACAUGGUGUAAAACUUAUUUUGGGGUAGGGUUCAGCACCUUAUUUAUCUCCUGUAAUCUGUAGACAAAAGUGUGGCAUGCAUUCACCAUCUCCACGGCAUGGAAAACAGAUGCCACUAUCCAAACUUGUCGCACUUCCAUUCCCAGUCCAUUUUGUCUACGUCUUACUGUCUGUAUUUAUCUUUCUGUUGAAUGUUGAUCUACUUUAAUCCUCAUCCGUUCAAUGCAAAGCGAGACAUUUUGUCUGUAGCAUUUUUAAGAACAAUAUUUAAUAUUUGUGUGUUUUCUCUCACUGCUAUGCUACAACAGGAGCUGAAACCUCCUGGAAGUCUCUGUUUGUAAAAGCAGAACAACUUUAUCUUCUGCAGGAUUUAGCAAGUAGAAUCUAGCCUCAAGGAAAUGCUGUUACUACCUCUUUGUUAACCUCUAUCCUUUCAGAAAACACUUUAGCCACAAUCUAGAAUCUGUUGUGCCUUUUUUUUUAUUCAGUUGAGAAAAGGAAGAAGUCUGGAAAGCUUAGAACAGUCUCCCCUCCCUGUGCCCAAUGUGUUCAGACUAAGAUCUCCAUCUCAACCCCCAUGAGCUAGAAAGUAUAGGGAUUUUAGUGCAAUUGGAGGACACCCAUUUGGGGAGAGCUCUCUUUGGAAGAUUGGACAGAAGAAGAAAUUUCAGCCAUGGUUGUGCAUAAGGGCACCUGAUUGUUUAGUUCUCUUUUGUCUCCAAACAGGGAGAUUCUGCCCCACAUUUUGAGAAGAUCUAUUCUAUGAUGAACUUAUUGUUGGGUAUGAGUCUUUUUUUCAAGGUUGGCAAAAAAGAAAAGAAAAAAAGAAAACCACUGAUGAGAGAAAAGGAACAGGAGCGAAGGAGAGAGUAGCAACGAUAUCAGUGAACCUGGGAUUAAAUUAAUAUGGUCUAUAUCUGAAGAAGUAGGUUAGAGCAGUGGUUCUCAACCUGUGGGUCCCUGGGUAUUUUGGCCUACAACUCCCAGAAAUCCUAGCCAGUUUACCAGCUGUUAGCAUUUCUGGGAGUUGAAGGCCAAAACAUCUGAGGACCCACAGGUUGAGAACUACUGGAUUAGAGGCUGGAGAAGCUGGCCCUCACUUUGUGUGUCAAGAGUUUCCUGGGACAAUUCCCUGUUCUCAUCUGAUUUUGGCUGCUGUUGCUCAUUUCCAUAUGUGGAACUUAAAUCAUGUACACUCCGUUCUACCAUGAGCAUUUUGUCGCUUGCCAACACUUGCUUACUGCCAUGUCUUCCAAUAUGCUUUCUAAAAAAUACUAUUUUACAAAAAAAUACUAAAGUAUUAUUUUAUGCCAGUAAAGUUAUUUUUAGAGUAGAUAACAACAUUUACAGUAGAGUCUCACUUAUCCAACAUAAACGGGCCGGCAGAACGUUGGAUAAGCAAAUAUGUUGGAUAAUAAGGAGGGAUUAAGGAAAAACCUAUUACAUAUCAAAUUACGUCAUGAUUUUACAAAUUAAGCACCAAAACAUCAUGUUUAACAACAAAUUUGACAGAAAAAGUAGUUCAAUACGCAGUAAUGCCAUGUAGUAAUUACUGUAUUUACGAAUUUAGCACCAAAAUAUCACAAUGUAUUGAAAAUAUUGACUACAAAAAUGCGUUGGAUAAUCCAGAACGUUGGAUAAGCGAGUGUUGGAUAAGUGAGACUCUACUGUAUUUAAAACUAGGUUGAGCAACUUUAGUGAACCCAGGGUCCAGUGUAGGCCCCAUAGGACCAAUUUUGGGCUGUAUUGCAGGCAGGUUUUGAUGGCAAAAUACUAAACACUAUGAAGACAAGCAGGAAACUCUGGUUUUAAGGUUUUUUCCCCAAUUUGCAUAUAAAUUCCAGCAACAUCUUUGUGGGCUGGGGGAAGGAUGGGUAUAUGCAGCCUAUAACACACACGUUUCUCAAGCCUGAAUUAAAUCAUAUCAUAAAACAGAACCAUGCCGUACAAGGAAUAGCACAAAAUCAAGCUGAAUUUAGAACUAAAUUUGUGUAUGUCUUUAAAAUGAUCUGGGAAACUAAAGAGUUCCUACCAUGCCACAAAAAUAUAUAAUGCUUGGAAGAGUCAUGCUCAGGUGGGUUGCCAUAAUAGAAAAGGAUCUACUUCUGGUUUACUUGGAAGGGCCCCUAAGAAGAACCCCUAACAAAGGCCAAAUGCAGUGUUUUGGAGGAAAACAAUUCUUCAGAUGGUCCCAUGCUGUCAAAGUCAAUAUGAGCUUGAAACAUACUUGGAAAUGGAUGAGACACCAGCCAGUGUCAUCUCUCUCUGUCCCACUUUUGCCCUGCAAAAUUGCUGUGCUGCUUUCCAUCAGAUCGGGACACAGUUGUGGUUGCAUUUCUUCCAAGCAGAUCUUGUAGUUCUUUUAUGAAAUUGCUGUGUGACUGUGGGCAUAUGCAAGAAGUAAAUGGUUGGAGAGAUUUUGCAGAAUUAAUAAGGAUUUUCCUUGCAGAUUACGAGAAUGUUGUCACCACCACAUUUAUGUGCCGGUUACCUUGCUUGCAGGGUUUAAGAGCAAGGAGGGCAGUGUCAAAGAAAACAUCUGGAUGAAUGGGUUAAAUGCAUUGGGAAUUAUAAAGUGAGGGAAAAUGAGAAAUUGGGAAAAUUAACAUAUUCAAGUUUGGAAACUCUGUGCUUUUCUUACAAAUUUUGCCAAGCUUUGAGGAUCCAUUUUAGGCCAGGGAAAAGCUUUCAAGGUACAGUACUACAAAAGACUUUUAUGUUACUCCUUCAGCCUUUUCUUUAUUUACUGUUUCCCUCUGCUGGUCAUAGUGUGAAAUGUAUUCAUCUCAUAUAUUUUGAAAAUUGCAUAACGGCGUUUUUGCACAGACACAGCAAAGCCAUGGGUUCCUUCUUCCUGUCUCCUUCGAAAAAAUGACAUAGGAAUGCAGAAAGACAGAAACAUUUAAACUGUCUUAAACUUUAUUUGUUGGCAACAUUUCACUGCCAUGAUUCAGUAAUCCCCCCCCUCUCAGUUAAACACCUUUCAACUCUUAAGAAAAAGGUGUUUAUUCAGCCAGAUUGGAUUGCAGUUGCAUCAUUUGGAGUCCAGAUUGUUUGAAUUGAUGCUAUUCAAAUGAUAGCCGAGUUUCAUUUGAGGCAAACCUGUCAAAAACUAGAGAUAGAGCUUGAAACUUUUUUUUUAUUAUUUGAACUACACUUCUCCAAUUCCCAAGAAAUGUGUCCACUGGCUGCAACACAGAAUUAUUGUGAUCCUGUCUAACGCACACCAUCAUCUCAUGACAUUAAAGCACAAUUCCAGCUUCUAUUUUCAGCCUGACAUUACGUAAGAUGCUUUUCUAAAAGUACAUCAUAACUUUUGUGUUAUGUCUCCAAAUACUCCAAAUAUUCGUCUCCUUUGUUAUUUUUAUUUGACAUAAACAUCCUGAAAAGAGUUUUAUAAAGUUUUCUGAAAGUUUUGUAACUUUUUGAAUGGCCUUCAUUAAGUAGAUAAAAAAGCCACAUUUUGUAUUGAUGGUAUAAUGUGUGUAAAUAUGUAUAUGUCCCAUGUGCUCCCUGAUAAUGGGGAAAACCUAGAAGUGGGAUGGUUUUUAUCUUUCCCAUUUUUUGAAAUUAGGAAUGGGGCAAAGGAGGAUGUCUCCAUCACAAAGGUGAUUAGCUGGACUGAAGCAGAAAGGCCUGCUGACUUUGGGAGCAACACAGGGAAUAGCUGACAACCAAAUAUGACCUUGGGCUAUGUUCACUGUAGUAUUUUCUUUUUCAAUUUUUAAUGAAUCUUACAAAACAGCUCACCUUAAAGCCCCCCUCCCUUUUAUUGUAAAAGUCAGAAAUCAACUGUCCAAAGCCAAUGUCUUGAACCAACUUUAUUAAGAAAAGUGGUGCUGUCCCAUAGUUAUACAGCCUACAUUUUCUCGUAAAUGAUAGCAUGAUAAAAUUUAUUUCAGACUCGGCACAUUCAGCAGUAAUAUGAACAGUAUAUCCAGGGGUCCUCAAACUUUUUAAACAGAGGUCCAGCCCACAAUCCUUCAAACUGUUGAGGGGCUGAAUUAUCAUUUGAAAAAAAUACGAAAAAAUUCCUAUGCACACUGCACAUGUUGUAUUUGAGGGUGGGGGUCAGGUAAAUGACCUUGAGGGACGCACCCAGCCCACGUGCCUUAGUUUUGGGAUCCCUGUCAUAGCCUAUGCACACUUUAGUGUUGUGUUUUUGCACCACAACGUUCAACUUUGCAUAGGUUGGGAAACCCAAAAAUCACAUGGGGUAGCACUAAUUUCUAACCCAGUGGUUCUCAACCUGUGGAUCCCCAGAUGUUUUGGCCUUUAACUCCCAGAAAUCCUAGGAGCUGGUAAAUUGGCUGGGAUUUCUGGGAGUUGUCGGCCAAAACACUUGAGGACCCACAAGUUGAGAAUCACUGCUCUAACCUGUCAGGUAUGUUAGGUCAAUGGGACUAUUAUUCAAGGCUAGAGCUGGCAUGACCCAACCUCACCGCUUUCUUCGUCUUCAGUUGCCACGGAAACAUUUAGAAUCAUUUGCAACUUGCUUUUGAUCAUCUGUGUCCUUUGUUAGUGUUUUGCUUGAGCCAGAUCUUGCUGGUUUUGAGAAACGAAAUGUAUUUGUGCCCUGUAAGUGUUUUCCUUUUGUAUUUCAAUUUUACAUGUGUGGCUUUCUUAUUUGUAUUUGUAGGCAUUGAGAAAUGGCAGUACAUAUGAGAAUGAGGGAAUGGUAGGCAUUUCCUGCCUGGGGCCUGUAAGCCAGCCACACUGACUUCCAAUCCCCUUGGGAUCAAUAUGGGUUCAGAUGGUGCUAUGUCUCUCUUGCCUAAAUAUAAGAACCUUGGAAUUAAUCAUUUUUGAGAAAACAAUAGAUGCCAGUCUAACUGCACUAGCACUUAUGGUGUGUCAUGGAGAGUGGGAUCCGAAUGUUGUUUUCCAUGUCCUUACACUACUUUUGAUAGCUGUUGUGAACUGCAAGAGAUAUUGAUAAAAUAGUGAUAUAGAUCCCACAAAUAUUGUCAAAAAAGUAUACAGUAGAGUCUCGCUUAUCCAACCUUCGCUUAUCCAACCUUCUGUAUUAUCCAAUGCAGUCUGCCUCCCUCCCGGAUCCAUAGCCACGCACAGUGGGUCAACACACCCAACAAGGACACAAAUGCAGCCACACUCCCAAACAAGUGGCAGACUUGUUGUAAAACAUGAUAUUUUGGUGCUUAAUUUGUAAAAUCAUAAUGUAAUUGGACGUUUAAUAGGCGUUUCCUUAAUCCCUCCCUAUUAUCCAACAUUUUCGCUUAUCCAACAUUAGUAAGUAAGUACAGUAGAGUCUCGCUUAUCCAACAUAAAUGGGCCGGCAGAACGUUGGAUAAGCUAAUAUGUUGGAUAAUAAGGAGAGAUUACAUAAUCAAAUGGGUUGACAUGGACCGUUAUUAGGGAUAGAUGAUCCUUGUACAGCAUGUUUCAGGGCCAGGGAUCGGGAGCCCAUUUAUGUUGGAUAAGUGGUACUGUACUGUAUACAAUUUAGCUUUAGGUCAUGGUAGAAAAGUACCUUUUUAAUUCAUGCUUGAACUCGGGAUACAAAUUAUCUUGGAUUAUAACCAGAAAAACAGGAUGUGCUUAUACAAAAAACCAUUUCAAACUAGGGCCCCUCUAAAACAGGAAUAAAAUGCCUGUUGAGAAACUGGAAUGGUUUUCCCCCUGCCUUGGGGUUUUCUGAAUCCUGAAGUGUAUGUUAACCAUAUCAUUUCUUACAGCACGUAGUAUCCUUUGCUGUGCUAAAUUUGUUGUUUUUGAUAUCCAACACUGAACCUAAAUCUUCAGGAUCAUUUGAGAGCCUGGUGGAAGAAUGUGAAUGCUAGGUUGUUGUAUGUCUUUCGGGCUGUGUGGCCAUGUUCCAGAAGUAUUCUCUCCUGACGUUUCGCCCACAUCUAUGGCAGGCAUCCUCAGAGGUUGUGACAACAUGGCCACACAGCCCGAAAGACAUACAACAACCCUGUGAUCCCGGCCAUGAAAGCCUUCGACAACACAAUGUGAAUGCUCAUUUCCAUCUGGUUUUCUCCUGCUUCCUGCUUUGUCCUCCUUCAGAGUUACACAGGAUUGAAGAACCCAAGCUACACUAUAAUUUCUUUCUACUCUUCUGCCUUUUAGGUAUAGACAGGCAUGCACAGAUUUCAGCAGUGGAAGCUUUUCUAUUGCUCUUGCCAAGACUUGAGAACUCCUCAAGUUUUGUGACCUAAGCUGUUACACACAGUCUUUUGGAAGAAAGGUCAACCAACUGGCUUUGUGCCUGGAACAGAGUUAAAUGUCUAGAUAGCAGUGCUCAGUGAACCGUCAUUGAAGUGUGUGCUGAGUAUGCAGAGAUCACCUACUAAAAUACAAAAGAGACCACUGAUUCUUAAAAGUAAGGUACAAAUACCUUUAAAUUCUGCCCCUUGGAAGAUGUUUUAUAAUAUUUUUCCUAUGUGUUGGUUCCUGUUGUUGAUUGUAUUCCAAAAUAAUAGGAAACAAGACUGUAAUGUAAAAAUUGCAUUUGUUCCGUUAUGCUGGAGAGAGGGUGAAAAUCUAUUUUUCUAGUAGUUCUUAAUAAAAGCUGUAAAUAUGA